ACAGCUAAUCCAGAUGGCGAAUGGCCGUUGACGUCGCAAUGCCAUUUUUCAUGGGAUUGACUGAUGGCGCCCCAGCGAGCUUGAGCCAAAAACCCCCCGCUGGCAUAACGAUGCGGUGGGGGGACACACCAGUGACAGACAGGGAGCCCCUGCGGUGCGUCCGGAAGAGGGCCGGUGGGACUCCAUGAGCCCUUCCAUAAAUGUCUGUCGUCGAUGAACAGCCAGGGAAACCGAGGAGCCCCGAGACGACGACUUUUUUGGGGGCUCUUGCCUCUCAGCGGCUCGCACGGUUGGGCGUCUGGACAUGGUUGGACGCUCUACACCAAGACAUGCAAGCCAACUUUGCUACGGCCGAUGUAACGCGGCACAACGGGAUUGAGGGUAUGGGGAGGCGUCCAGGGCCGACAACUUCAUACUACAGGGCCGUGGCUGGACGGGCAGCUUUGUGUCGAGCAGCACAAGCCGAGCAUGAGCACAAGCACGAGCACGAGCACAAGACGGCACGGUACGCACAUGGGUGUGGGAGGGCGCGACACGUCCCGCCCGAGCUUCUGCGUCCUGGUGUCAACUUUCUGGCGUCGAAGGAAGCGAUCGGAUGGGCUGCCGCGAGCCUACGACGUACUACGCACAGCAAGCACCAAGUCGACGGCGUGUGGUUCGUCUGUCCAAUCGUGGGGCCAUGGGCCGAGGGCUCGAACGGGCGUAGCGGCCGGCGGAAUGGCGUGAGUGUGCGAAGUGCAGAGUUGGUAGCUGGCACAUUAUCGCCCACCCCUCCUUCGCCCCUUCACCCCCUCCCUGAUACGAUGUUGCUUGCCUUCCCCGUUGCACGGCGUCGAGCGUUGAGCCGGCAAUCACAAUCACAAUCAUCUAGCAAACAGGGGCCAGAACCGGCGAGGCGUUGGGACAUUCUGAUGAGGGGGGGCCGCUCGCAACUCGGCGUCAAGCCUGAAGCCACUUAUCAGCAGUGGGUAGCAGCCAAUGGCCCGUCUGCCGUGGUCGUCCCAUGUGUCGUGCCAUGGCUGCGACAAGGCACCACUCUCAUAUUGGGACUUGUGGAGAAUCGAAUCGCGGUUGAGGCUGAAAAGGCUUCUGAAAGAUACCGGCUAGCGAGACCAGCGCCAGCAGCCGAUGGGAAAAAGCAAAUAAAUCACGAAAAAGGAGGGGGAGGGACGGAUCCACAGGCGCGUGGCGUCGUGCUGGAAGUGGCCCGGGCUCUGGGGGACAAAGACGAGAGCCCGGUCGUGGUCAAUUGUGAUUCUGAUGAUGCUUAUGCCGGCCGAAAGAUGCAAUUUGUGACCAGGGCAUACGAAUAUCCACCGGGGCUGCGGCAGCAACUGUUGAAAGACUCCAUCCGCAACAUCACGGUCCGCGUUUUGGCGUGUCCCGUUGGCUUCGGCUCCGUCGGGAGCCGCUAUUGGAGCCGCAAUCGGCCAGCCUCCGGCUUGUGCUUCCCAAAAGCCAAAGCUGAAAAUGAGCCCACGCAGCCGAUGAGACGAGACGAGACGAGAGACUAG